GAACAGAGAGACUCUGAGACACGAGAGCAUGCAGACUCACGAGAGCGACUCUGCUUCAACAAACAGUUUAGAGCGAAAGAGUUUAGAACAGAAGAGUUUAGAACAGAAGAGUUUAGAGCAUCAGAGUUUAGAUCAGACUCCUGGCGUGUUCCGUGUCCUCGUGGGAGUGACAGGGAGCGUGGCGGCUUUGAAACUUCCUGUUUUGGUGUCUGAACUUCUGCAGCUUUCAGGGGUGGACGUCAGAGUCGUCACCACAGAACACGCCAAACACUUCUACAGCGCCGCCGAUGUCCCAGUGAGAAUCUACAGUGACUCAGACGAAUGGGAGAUGUGGACUCGCCGCUCGGACCCUGUGCUGCACAUCGAGCUGAGGCGUUGGGCACAGCUUUUUGUCAUCGCUCCUUUGGACGCCAACACGCUCGCUAAAAUCUCCAAUGGAAUUUGUGACAAUCUCCUGACGUGUGUGGUGAGAGCCUGGGACACCAGCCGCCCGCUGCUCUUCUGCCCCGCCAUGAACACCGCCAUGUGGUCGCACCCCGUCACCGCAGAACACGUGUCCAGGCUCAGGGCCUUUGGUUACAGAGAAAUCCCCUGCAUCUCCAAGAAGCUGGUGUGUGGAGACGAAGGUAAAGGUGCCAUGGCAGAGGUGUCGACGAUCGUCUCUGUGAUCAAACAGUACCUCCACCUCCAAGAACCUGACCACCCCAGAACACAUGACUCCGACGCACACAUGACACACAUGACACACACGACACACUCGACACACACGGGACAUCGCACACACCCAGAGUCAACAGUAAAACAGGAUCAGGAUGGUUAGAAUAAUUGUCGUACAGUGAAAGAGCUGAGGCCAAACCGGCUGAAAACAAACAGACUCGAGGAGAAACAUCUCACUCUUCACUGGGCCGUUCAAUAUUUGCUCUUUGUCUUUGCUCUUAUCAAUGUCUUUGUUUUACACAGUAUGACUUUAAACAUGUUUAUCGAGUGGUUAUUGAUGGUUAAGUCUGUGUGAGGCUUUAGUCAGAGCUUUAUUUUAACACUCGGCGCUUUGUCGCCAUCGCGGCUUCGCUCUGUCCAUUUGGAAAGACUUUGGCGCCAACAGAGGCUCAAGAAGCUCGAAAGUCUGUAAGAAAAACACGAAUAGUGAGUAGGAAAAGCAUGAAAAUGUUUUUAAAAGGUCAAAGUUUUCCUCAAACAGACACUCAGAAAACUUGUUAAGUCUCUUCUGACUUUUCUGAGUCGUUCAAGUAAAAUUCCUCACGUCAAUUUCUGCCACAUUGUUCUGAUUCUUGUCGGUUUUGUCAAUGGGUUCUUCUGUGGGUUCGUCUGUGGGUUUGUCUGUGGGUUCGUCUGUGGGUUCGUCUGUGGGUUUGUCUGUGGGUUCGUCUGUGGGUUGUCUGUGGGUUCGU